GAGCUGGGGGACCUAGGGGGAAGAGUUUAUCCCCUGCCCAGGUCUGAGGCUGCCUCUGUGUGUAUCUCGGUAGGGCUGGGGGGCGCCCAGGCCCAGCAGACCACCCUCCACCCACGUGUGGGCCGCGUCUUUGUGCACACCUUGGACCAUGAGACCUUCCCACCCCUCCCCGAGGACACUGCAGGCCUGCCUUCCACACAUAUCACCUACCACGCCCACCUCCAGGGACACCCGGACCUGCCCCGGUGGCUCCGCUACACCCAGCGCAGCCCCACCAAACCUGGCUUCCUCUAUGGCACUGCGACCCCGGAAGAUCGUGGGCGCCAGGUCAUCGAGGUCACAGCCUACAAUCGGGACACCUUCGACACCACUCAGCAGACGCUGGUGCUGUUGAUUGGGGAUCCUGAAGGUCCCCGGCUGCCUUACCAAGCCGAGUUCCUGGUGCGCAGCCACGACGUGGAGGAGGUGCUGCCCUCCACGCCCACUAGCCGCUUCCUCAUGGGCCUGGGGGGGCUAUGGGAGCCCGGGGAGCUCCGGGUGCUCAACGUCACUUCCGCCUUGGACUGUGGUGGCCGUGUCCCUCUUCCCAUUGAGGGCCGCAAGGAAGGGUAGGUGUGCAGCCUGGGAGAGCUUCCUGAAGGAG